AUGUCAUUAUUACAAAGGACAGACAUCAAUAAUGGAGCAGGUUUAGGUAAGAGACUAAGGAACCCCUUAACGUGACGACCUAAAUAUGAAGGACUAAACCGACAAGACAAAGCAUCCCAUUAAAUUCACGACCUUAAUGAAGAUUUCAAUAAUAAGGGUACCAAUUACUGCCAAUACCAGAACCUAAACAAGGGAAAUUAAUUUAUUAACCGCACAACGGAAAUAUUGACCUAUAAAAAACACACCGUUGUCAUCAGAGGUUAUUUGAGCAGCUUCCACUGACAAGGAAACUUUAUUACGACAGACCGUGAUCGAAAAUCCUUUAGUCCGUAACAAUGUCUCAUCAAAAGACCGAAGUGGUUUCCAAGUCCAACGAAUUAACUUUUCUGAGGACAGUGGAUUUGGAAUGCUGUAUUUGGUGAGUUGAAUAUCAUUGCUGGCUGUCAUAUUUUGCCAUCGUUUUUGUUACCGCUCCUUUCCAGUGCUAUUAUACCGCCACAUUCCUUUUCAGUUAUGGCAUCGUGUCAAGGCCCGUUACCCUAGCCUGUGGGCACUCUGGCUGCAAAAAUUGCAUGGAAACUUGGGCAGAAUCGACAGCCACACCGUUGUGUCCCCAGUGUCGGGCAACGUUCCGAAAAGAAGAGCUGAGGUUAAAUGUGGCAAUGGAUAAGGCGACCCGAGAUUUGCCUCUUAAAUGUAACAGCCAAGGCUGCCAGUGGAAGGGCAACUAUAGCGAUGCCAACGAUCACCUCAGACAUUGCCCAAAAGUACGAGAGAGGUGCCCCAACGAAGGAUGCCAGCAUGUGGCGGCACGGGAAGAAAUGACAGCACACGCUUGCCCAAAAGAAAGGAUCCCAUGUUCAGGAUGCCAACUGAGCGUAACCAGGGAAAAACUACAAUUCCACCGUACAUCUUUAUGCAGAAACUCUGCAGUUCUAUGCCCCUUGAGAUGUGGAGCAUCAUUACCACGGUAUGUUGUAUUAAUUAGGAUAAUUCGGCAUUGCGAUAUUUUGGUGUUAGGCGAUUGUCAUAAGUGAAGUAUUUUUCGGUAAUUUUUAGCAUGAAUUGCAGUAUUGCUGUAUUCUCUUAUCAUUUCAAUCGUCAAUAGCAGGUGACAAACUUAUCCUUCGUGUUAUCCAAAUCGAGGACUACGAGCAGUCCUAACUUGUGUCUGGUGCCACGCGAUCAGCUGCAUUCCUUAAAAAUAACUGACAGAGAGGAAUUAAGAAACGAUUUGAGAAACAGAAAUAAUGCCUAUUUUUCAGUGGGGAUCUAAGAGAGGGGCCUAGUGAUACUUCCAAUUACUUUAAGUCUCCCUGACCACCGCUCUCCCCAAAGCCCCAAAGUUUAUAUCAAGGUCAAUUUAUCUACAGAGCCAAUUGGCGUGACCCUUGAGGUGUCAUGUUUUUCCCGCUUUUUUUUUUUCAUCAAACCACUGUUGGAAUAUAUGAUACCAGUCAAAAUGGAAGAUCUAGAACUAACACAUACCUCUUUUUGAAUUGUAGAAUGAACAUCAACCUACAUCUACACAAAUGCCCAGAGAAGGCUUCAAUGUGCCAAGUACCUGGCUGCAAAAAAAUUGUGAAAAAGAAGGACAUGAAUGUCCAUUUGAAGGAAGCAAGUACCUCGCAUUUUGCUCUCCAAUCAGGAGAAAUCAAACGACUGCGAGGAAUAAUAUACUACAAGGUAAGCUGCCUUUUCACCAACCUAAAAAUCAAUAAACAUGCACUCUUUUAAAUGCCAAAACCAGCGAAGUAUGUGGAAAAAAGGAUGGCAACUGUUGCAUUUACCUUCAAAAUCUUACAUUGAAAAUCUUUUUCUGGUGCAUUUCAUAAUAUCCAUAAAAUCCAUUUCUGUUUUAGAAAUGCAACAUAGAACCCAUAGAGCCCAAAGUGGAAAGGGUUGUCUCCUUUUGCUGGAGAAUUCCAAAUUUUGUGGAGAGCAGGAGACAACAAGCUUCAGAUGCCAUUGGAGACAAGCCCCUUACAAGUGGGCCAUUUAUAGAUGACAACUGCAGAUGGAGAGGACUGUACUCCGGACAACAAAAAUUGUUCCUGCAGCUGCUCUCAGCAUCCCAUCCAGUUACUGGGGAAAUUCAGUAAGAACUUUAAUUAUUUCAUGCAGAGUGUUUGUGAGUGCACUUAAAGGAAAAUGCUACCUUUGCCUUCUUUCAUGUCCCAAGAGUGACCAACACUAUUUUCAUCACAAAUCGAAUUAUACUAAACCAGGAGCAAAGGUUAUGAGAAUUUGUUCAUAGAUUGUCAAAGGGAAAUUGAUAUUAUGUUUGAAAAAAAUCACCUUUAUAACUAAGGGGGCUUUAGAAGAAAUGAUGCAUAACACUAGAUUUGCUGUCUGUGUGUUGCACGAAAAAACAUUUCAUUGUACCUAUUUGUGUAUGACUGUGCCAGAACUUGCUAACUGCUGUGUUCAAAGCCGAACCCACCCAUGUACUACUCCUGUUUAAGCUGAGAGACAAUACGGAUAUCUGGCAUAAAAAUACACAAUGAUUGUUGAGUGGAACAAUGUUAUGAUAUGUAAAUAUAUAUUCUAUUUUCUUUUGAAGAAUUGUAAUGGCCCCUGGAAGUGACAAUGAGCAAGUGCUAGACUCGGACAUAGUGUCCCUGAAGGAAGGAGAAAUGUGGGGUAGGAGGAUACCAAAUGUGGACAGUCUACUGGACGGAAAUGGCAGCCUUGAUGUUAAAUUUAUUAUUUACUACUUCAACUUGCAUUAA